AUGCUUCCAACUCCUCCGCCUUCUCCUCCCACUACCCGUGCUUAUGCUCCGGAAGACCGUCUGGGAUAUCUUCUGGCCAACCGGCUGGAACUGACAAGCAUUCUUGGAGUUGGUGCGUACGGCGUGGUCUACACGGCCGUCGACAUCCACACCAAUGUGGUGUAUGCCGUCAAAGCACUGAACAAGGUCGGACUUGAUGCCCGGCAGCUCAAGUUCCAGCAGCGCGAGAUCAAGCUCCACCAUCUGGCCAGCCAACAUCCCAAUGUGGUUUCCCUGGUUCGUAUAAUGGAUUCCGUCGACUGUACCUAUGUGGUCAUCGAGUUCUGCCCCGAGGGUGACCUGUUCUCCAGCAUCACCGAAAAGGGCAACUUUGUGGGCAAUGAUCUCUUGGUCAAACGCGUCUUUCUCCAGAUCCUGGAUGCCAUCCAGUAUUGCCACUCAUUAGGAAUUUACCACCGGGACCUCAAGCCGGAGAACAUCUUGGUGACCGAUCAGGGCCUGACGGUCAAACUGGCCGACUUUGGCCUUGCUACCACGGAUUAUUUCACUUCGGACUUUGGUUGCGGUUCCACAUUCUAUAUGUCUCCAGAAUGCCAGCAGCCGAAUCCUCGACCAUUGUCUUGCUAUGCGUCGGCCCCCAAUGAUGUGUGGAGCCUGGGGGUGAUUCUGGUCAACCUCACUUGCGGGCGCAACCCAUGGAAACGUGCCUCGAUCGAGGACUCCACAUUCCGGGCCUAUCUCAAGGAUCCUUUCUUCCUCAAAUCCAUUCUGCCCUUGUCAGAUGACCUGGUUUGCAUCUUGAGCCGCAUUUUCGAGUGUGAUCCCUCUAAGAGAAUUACCAUCCCGGAGCUUCGCCAGUUAAUCCUGGAUUGCCCUCAAUUCACUCUCAACCCAGUGACCCCUUGGGUGGCUCCCCAUGGACCCUUGUCUUACGACGUCAUCAGUGGGCCACAGGUCCCUGUCUCUGUGCAUACAUUCAACACGCAGCAAUCGACAUCCUCUUCAGACUCGUCUCACUACUCGAAUUACUCGGAGUCUGCCGCAUCCGAUAGCUCUUGCUACACGGAAGUAUUUACCGACAUGGACAGCGUUCCAUCGAUGUCUUCCGUGGAGUAUGAGCCGGAGGCGGACUGUCAGGGCGACCUUUCUAUGGACUCCCUAACAUGCAAGGACAUCUCGGAGGCCGUCGUUGUCCAUCAGCCGGGUCAUCAGGCACUAUGCGUCUGCUAA